UAGACCUUUAGUCUCAGAUCUGCACCAUGAGCUAUGACCAGAGCUAUCCGUUUCCACAAGUUUUUUUGGUGGACAGCAGUGGAGGUCCUCAGCACUCUGUCCAGACUCCGCAUCUGAUACCCUGUUGGUCCUCACCCCCUGCCCAGGGAAGAGUAAGGAGCCGGGGAAAGGAUCAGGGCUGUAUGGGCAUCAGAUAUGGUCUGUUGACGGUUCUUCUGUUCCUGUUACUGCUGGUGUUUGCAGCCCUGGGGCUUGGAGCCCACCAGAUUUACAAAUUGCAUAUUGAAGUGGCUAAAAUAAAACAGAAAAUCCACGAAGAGAAUGAGUUUAAUGAGGGAAUGAGUGUGCCCAGAGACUCGCCAGAGAAGCAAAUUGGUUUCCAACGAUCUGAGAUGGAUGAAGAAAAAAAAGACAGCAGACAUGCAGCACAUGUCAUAGGCCCAACUCAAGAUGUACACCGUAAUGGUCUGCGGUGGGAGCCACGGGCAGGCCGUGCUUUCACAGAGGGCGAAGUGGUUUACCGGGCUGAGGAUGGGUCUCUGCAGGUCAACCAUACAGGACUCUACCACAUUUAUUCACGAGUGGAGCUCCACUUGAAGGAAUGUUCCGCUUCAAACCCAAUUUUCCAUUCUGUGUAUGUGAGAAGAGUUGGCCAUCAUGCACCCUUGACCCUGAUGGAGGGCAACAGAGUUUCCCCCUGCAUCACUAGAAAGGGCCAAGUGUGGACAUCAGAUAGUUAUCUUGGCUCUGCGCUUCAGCUACACAAACAGGACAGAGUAUAUGUGAACGUGUCACAUCCCGGAUAUUUAAGCCACGAACACUAUGCCAACUUCUUUGGUCUCUACAAGAUCUAGGAGUUCAUAUAUAGGUUACUGUUCACUGAUCGACCACCUGAGAACAUUUGUAUACUUACUGCACUCAAUGAAAGAUGAGAAACUAUCACUUGUGUCAUUGUUGUAACCCAAAUAAUCUGAUAGAUCAACGACUGCAUCGGCACUGAAAAUGUGGCAGGGGAAGUAAUGAUAAACUCAAUGAAAAAAGAUCGAUUGAUGAUGAUCUAUUUUUCAAUAUUAGCCCUGAAGUGAAAUUAGUAGUUACUUUCCUGGUGUAUUCCUUCUAUCCAGUAAUGAUGAAGAUGUGAUUAAGAGUGUUGUGAGUGAGUGCAGUUAACACUAAGGUACUACAUUUGAUGGAAAUUUCUAUAUAUUAUUUAUUCUUGUGUUGACCCAAUACUGUCUUCAUAAAACACAACGGAUUGUUCAUUAAACCUUCAGUGUUUUGCUCAGAGAAAUUCAAAUGCAAAAAUAUUGUAUAUUGCAAUAAAGAGCUGGUUUUUUAAAGGAAAACGAAUUUCAGUCAAAGUUGAAACAG